AUGCAGAACUCGUGCGCCCCCAUGCAAAACCUGUCGUUUGUCCUCGAAAAGGGAGGCGCAGUCAAGUUCGAAGACCGUCCGGUGCCUGAGAUCGUGGACCCUCACGACGUGAUCGUGAACGUCCGCUACACUGGAAUUUGUGGCAGUGACGUGCACUACUGCACGCACGGCUGUAUUGGCAAGUACGUGGUGGACAAACCCAUGGUUCUAGGACACGAAUCCGCAGGUGUCGUGCACGCUGUGGGGUCCGCCGUCAAGACUCUCAAAGUAGGCGAUGAAGUGGCCAUGGAACCUGGAGUUCCGUGCCGACGAUGCCAGCGUUGCCGCGAGGGAAACUACAACUUGUGUCCGGACAUGGCAUUCGCGGCUACACCCCCGUACGACGGAACAUUGGCCAAGUUCUACCGCAUCCCCGAGGAUUUCUGCUACAAACUGCCGUCCAACGUCAGUAUGCAGGAAGGAGCGAUGCUUGAACCCACUGCUGUUGCCGUUCACUUCUGCCGUCUAGCUAAAGUGAGUCCUGGCAACAAAGUUGUGGUGUUUGGUGUCGGCCCCGUGGGUCUGUUGACUUGCAAAGUGGCUCGGAACGUGUUUGGGGCUACGACGGUAGUCGCAGUGGACGUCAACGAGAAGCGUCUUGCGGUCGCUAUGGAACACGGUGCGACGCACGUGUUUCAGGGGAAACUGGGUACGACGCCUCAGGAGACGGCCGAGCAAAUUAUUGUAGAGUGUGGACUGGGCGACGGCGCCGACAUCGUGAUCGAUGCCAGUGGUGCUGAGUCUUGCAUCCAGACGGCAAUCUACGUCGCACGCAACGGAGGCACCUUCACACAGGGAGGAAUGGGCAAGACGGACAUUAUGUUCCCAAUUGGCAUCAUGUGUGGCAAGGAGUUACGUGUGACCGGCAGUUUCCGCUACUCAGCAGGCGACUACCAACUAGCGCUCGACAUGGUUGCAAGUGGCAAGCUGGAAGUCAGGAGGCUGAUUUCGAAGACUGUACCGUUCGAAGAAGCGAAGGAGGCUUUCGACAACGUCAAGCGCGGCAACGGCAUCAAGUGGCUCAUUGAAGGACCCAACUGA